AUGGCGACGGCAGCAUGCUUGCCAAGCAAGAACUACGACCCGGAUUAUGUGAGCAGAUGGUUGGGAGAGUUUGUGGCGAGCCUCGGGCACACCAAAGUGAUUAUAAGGACCGACGGCGAGCCGGCGGUGUUGGCCAUCGGCAAGCGGCUCCUGGACACCUUUCGCAAGGACUUGGUGGUGGGAGUGCGCGGCGUGAAGGCCACCAUGGAGACGGCGCUAAGGUACUCGUCACAGAGCAUGGGGGGCGUCGGCGCCUUCCAAAGGACGCUGAAGACCGAUGUGCUGACUGUCCGGUAUGACAUGGAGGCCAAGUACCAGAUGAAGCUGCUCACCUCACACAACGCGUGGCCCUGGAUGGUUCGCUGGGCGUCUUUCCUGAGAAGCCGGUUCGGCAUCAAAGCCAACGGCCGCACUGCCUACCAGGACGCCUUCGACACUUCCUAUUCCGGGGAGAUCCUGCCCUUCGGCAAGACGGCUAUGUUCAGGACGCCAAUCAGCAAAACGGGGGCAGUACAAGGACGCAAGCGGCAGCUGAAGGGCGACAGCUUGUGGCGCCAAGGCAUCUUCCUGGGAAAGAGCGUCGCCACCAACGAGUUCAUCUUCAGCACCGAGGACGGGGUCUACACGGCCAGAGCUGUGAGACGGUUGCCACCGGCCGGCCGCGCCAACAAGGAGCUCCUCAACAAGUUCGUCGGGCUCCCUUGGGACACCAAAAGCACACUGAAGGGACCCAGGCGACUCGCCAUAUCGCGAGGAGGGAUGGAAGCACAGCCAGCGGCGGCGAUGGAAGGAAGCCAGGCACCGGGGACACCGGCAAUGGACAUCCCGGCCACACCGGCCACCGCGGCUCCAGCGACUCCCAGGACGGCUCCUCCAGAAGGCUCGGGCAAGAAGCGCAGGACGAUAGACCAAGAAGUUCGAGAUAAGAUUGCCGAGCGCGACCUGGACGACGCCGAGAUCGCAAGGAACUCAGGUUCCGCAGGCUCCGGGGCCGAACCGCCCACGGGAGCACCAAUGGAGACCGAGGCUGGAGGCGACAACAAGAGGGCGGCCGAGGGAGACCCAGCAGAGGCCAAGAGGAUCAAGAUUGGCAACGUUGUGGCAGCCACCCUCUACAAGCCCCAGGAGGAGCAGAGUUUUUUCGGGGAGUGCGAAGAAGAAUGGUGGAGUGCUGAGACGGAGGGCACUGACGGCGACAAGGAGAUCCACGACUUCAGCCACCGCAUCCCGGAGGUCCUGGAGGGCAAGAUCAAGGAGCUCAGGAAAAUGGACAAGUAUGAUACAUACGAGCCAAGGCCAGCAGCCGAGGCAGCCGGGAAGAAGAUCCUGGACAGCACCUGGGUUAUCCGCGAGAAGCCCGACGGCAGCAUCAAAUGCAGGUUUUGCCUUAGGGACCUGAAGAGCAAGAGCGACAGGGAUGAUGUGUUUGCGGUGGCAUCCUCCCAGGCGACUUCUCGAAUCAUCGACUCCAUUGGGGUCAAGAAGGGGUACGUGUUCUUCACCUUGGACGCUGAGAACGCCUUCUGGCAGGUGCCCAUCGACGAGGAGUGCUACAUGUAUCCUCCAGAGGAAUGGCUCGAGGAGCGCAGAGAGAAGGGCCUUAGCACCGACGUGCUAUGGAGGCUCAAGAAAGAAUGGUAUGGGAGGAGGAUCGCCGGGCAAAAGUUCGUGGACUGGGCGGCGAAGCAAGCGGGCAGCGAAGGCUUCGAGAGAUCAGUGGUGGCGCCAUGGUUCUUCCACCACGGGGCCCGGGACAUCAGUAUGGAAGUGCACAUGGACGACUUCCACGGCACGGGCCCAGAGAGGGAAUCCAUCGAGUUCCUCGAGGCCCUGUCUUUGAAGGUGGUCAUGAAGAACCAGAUACACCGCGUGGGGGACACCUACGAGCACCUGCGUCGGCUGAGGACGCUGACCCCUACCGGGAUGUUUGUGCAGCCGAACCCCAAGUACCUGGAGGGCAUGCUUAAGAUCCUUGGGUUGGAGCAUGCCAAUGCAGCACCCACGCCAGAGGCCAUCGGGAAGGAUGUGGUCGACGAAACGCCCCUGGACAAGGCCAAGGCGGCGGACUUCCGGGAGCUGACCAAGGAGAUGAAGAACCCGACGGUCGGCGGGAUGAAUGCACUGCGUCGCUUGACGCGGUACCUCAAGGGCACCAAGGACCAUGGAGUUUGGUUGCCGGCUGGGGGCGACAUGGAAUCCCUCAACGUGGCCUCGGACACAGACUGGGCAAGCUGCAAGAAGACCAGGAAGAGCUGCGCGGGAGGCGUCUUCAUGUGGGGCGACUGCCUGAUAGGCUCAUACAGCAGAGGGCUCUCGAUGAUAUGCCUGAGCAGCGGCGAGGCCGAGUUCAACGGCGGCGUGAUUGCCACGUCGGAGGGCAUCUUCUACAAGGAGGUCCUCGACUUCUUCCGCAUCCCGGUGGUCCUCAAGAUCUACUUGGACAGCAGUGCAGCGAGAGGGGUCUUUCAGAGAGAAGGAGUGGGAAGGAUUCGGCAUCUGGAGACGAAGUCCCUAUGGGUGCAGGCCGGGCUCAAGGAGAAGAAGUUCCAGCUCCUGGCGGUGGAUACCCAGAACAACGCGGCCGACAUCCACACCAAAGGCAUGAACGCCGAGCGCUUCGUGAUGCUGCGCACCAUGCUCGGGGUGAUUGACAAUGUCCCAGGGCAGGCCGAGAUGAGGGCGGAGGUUGCCAAGGAGAUGUUUAACAGCAUCAAGAAAAGGGUCGGUGCCAUGAAUGCAAAGAAGCUGGCGGCGGCCAUCAUGAUGAGCCAGAUCCCCGGGGCAACGGCCACUGAGCUGGUGGUCACCGGGAGCAACAUGGCGAUGGCAGCGCAGGGGGGCUACGACUUCACCGUGGCGGUCGGCAUCCUUGCCGUGAUCGUUGCUACGGUCUUCUGGUGCUGCCGCGCCUUCAUGCACAAGCCGCCGGAGAUCAAGCGCGCCGAGCGGGGAACACAGACCAGCCCGCCGGACCUCAGCGCUUGCGUGCCGAACCCGAGGCUCCAAGACAUGCAUGUGACCUUGUACGGGGAGCGCGUGCACUUUGACGAAGAUUGUCCGUACAUCAGGGGGCACCAAAGGCGCUUAAAGCACCCGUGUGCCCGCUCUUUGAAUCUUGCCACGGCCAUGUGGAUUGAGCCCAAUGAUUGA